AUGUCUCUUCAAUCUUUCAGUAUCAAUAGCCUCUUCGGAGUCAAGGGCAAGGUUGUCAUUGUCACCGGUGGUGGUACAGGUAUCGGCCGAGCCAUCGCUACUGCCCUCACAAUCAAUGGAGCCAAAGUCUUCAUUAUCGGAAGACGAUUCAACGUAGUAGAAGAGACAGCCAAAGAGCUUAACACGGCUGCUCAAGGAGCUCAAUCAGGUGGUGAAUGUAUCCCUAUCGAAGGAGAUGUAGGAACCAAAGCUGGAGUUGUAGAAGUAUAUGAGAAAGUAUCCAAGUUUACUGAUAAGCUCGAUUGUCUUGUUAAUAAUGCUGGGUUCUCUGCCAACUGGAGAGUCUACUCGGAUGAUCUUAACGAUCCCACCAAAUUGGAAAAGAUGCUUUGGUCAAUCGAAGAUGUCGAUUUCGCCAAUAUGACUGCCAUCCACGUUUCCGGACCUUACCUCCUUGCGGUGAAAUGUAUUCCCCUUUUCCAAAAGUCCAACGAUGCAUGCGUUACCAAUAUCACUUCCCUUGCCUCCCAUUUCUUGAACAGGGCUUGUUGUGAAUUUGCUUAUGCUCAAUCCAAAGCUGCAGAAACCCACCUUACUGGACUUAUGGCUGCUGGUCUUACACCUUUCAAAAUCCGAGUCAACUCUAUUGCACCUGGUAUAUUCAAGUCCCAACUCACUACCGGUACGACCGAUCGAGAGGCCCCGCUUUGGUCUAUCCAGCAAAACCAGCUCAAGAAUAUUCCUAAGGGUCGAGAAGGUCAUUGGGAAGAGAUCGCAGGUGCUGCCUUGAUGUUACUCUCCCCUGCUGGUGCUUACACCACCGCAGCGAAUAUUAUUAUCGAUGGUGGUUGGAGACUUUUUACCUCGGCUAACGAUGUUCAAUGA